GUCAGCUGUCAACUGUCAGGGAGACUACUGAUAGCAACCGCAGCUCUUAUUGGGUCGAUCUUCAAUUUGUUGCUCAGAUGUUAACGAGAAAAUUGUUGACCAUGUGAUCUUGGUAGUGGCAAAUUUGAGAAAUAUAUGAACUUUGAAAACUUGUAAAAACCAAAGACGUUUCUCUGUUGAGUGCUUGUGAGAAUUUAUUGCCCCUGGACAUGUUGUGCCGCAAAGAAGGUGGUGCUAUGUUGUUCCAAGGUGCUGUGCAGUGCCUAGUGGUCCUGUUCGUCUUCCUCGGGCGCUCGAAUGCCGUCUCGCAGCCCAACAUCGUGCUGAUCCUCACUGACGACCAGGAUGUGGUGCUGCAGGGACUUAUCCCAAUGACUGCCACGCAGAAAAAUCUCGCCUUCAAGGGCAUAACCUUUAAUAAUGCGUUCACAAGUUCGCCAAUCUGUUGCCCGUCGCGCGCCUCAAUUCUGAGCGGACAAUACGCCCACAAUCAUGCCUCAAUCAACAACUCCGUCUCGGGCGGAUGUUAUGGCGACUUCUGGAAAGAAAGGGUCGAAAGGCGAACCAUUGCGGUUCAGCUGGAAAAUCUGGGCUACGAGACAUUCUUCGCUGGGAAGUACCUCAAUCAAUACCACUCGGACAAUGUUCCGCCCGGUUGGAGCAAAUUUUACGGACUCCACGGCAACUCGAGGUACUACAAUUACUCACUGACCGAGAAUGGGGAGGUGGUGAGUUAUACGGACGAGUAUCUGACGGAUGUGCUCAAGGAGAAAGCGCUGGACUUCCUGAAAAGCCGGGAGAGUAACAAACCGUUUUUUGCUAUGAUUGCGCCACCAGCUCCACAUGCUCCUUUCACGCCAGCACCGAGGCAUAAUUUGUCGUUUGAGGGAGUUAAGGUCCUACAGACGCUGAACUUCAACGUGGCAUUUGGACCAUUAGACAAACAUUGGCUGGUAAACAUGCGUGGACCUUUCCCGGACAGUUUAAUUCCAACGCUGGACAACUACUACCGCAGUCGAUGGCAGUCUCUGCUAGCCGUUGAUGAACUUGUCGAGUCCAUUGUUCAGCAUCUUGAAUCAGCCGGUCAAAUCGAUAACACUUACAUAGUUUUCACUUCAGACAACGGCUAUCACAUGGGACAGUUUGGGCAACCGUUUGAUAAGCGACAACCUUACGAAACGGACAUCCGAGUGCCAUUCCUCGUUCGUGGACCCAACAUUCAACCCAAAUCGAUAACAAAUGCUCCAAUAGCUCUGAUUGAUCUGUUCCCCACAUUCUUGGAAUGGGCCGGCGGAACUCUGACUGGAUAUGAGGAUGGAGAAUCGUUCAAUAGACACAUUGUGGAGCAAGAGAAUGAAAUCACCUCGGAUAGGACUUAUCAUCGGUCAAUUUUGAUUGAAUAUUGGGGCGAAGGCAAUAUGGAGACGUAUAACCCAGCGUGUCCGUGGAAACUAUCAGAUGACUUGGCUGAAUGUACCUUGGACGCAGAUUGUUACUGUCAGGAUGCACGGAAUAAUACUUACUCCUGUAUUAGGCAUUUUGCUUUCAACACGGAUAAGAUAUAUUGCGAAUUUCGAGAUUCAGAGGACUUUGUGGAGGCAUACGAUCUAAGCACGGAUAUCUACCAAAUGCAGAACAUUGGCUACAGCAUGUUACCUUCGGAGCGUGCACUUUAUAGUUUGAGUUUGCGGAACUUAACAGAAUGCAUGGGUAAAACUUGCAGAGAGUCUAAAAUAUAAAGUGAUAAAUGAGUUCCCG